AUGGCAAACAUCACAAAGAAAGUAUCGUGGUCCAGCCGGGCCGACGAGUCGGGGGCUCCGGGGGAGGGGACACCGCUGCUGAACGGCGCAGAGCCGAGACUGUCCAGACAGGUACAGCUAGCGUCUUAGCUAAAGUUAGCCUGAGAGAGCCGUUACACAAACACUGAGAAACAUCAUGUUAUAUGUUAUAUCAAAUAUCUGACGUGUAAAAUGGCAUGAAAGAAUCAAGUAUGCCGAGAAUGACUUUGAAUGCAUUGUCACAUUGAAAGUCUUUUUUUAUGUAUCAUUUUAUGUACUUCAAGUGUUUUGGUGUGUGUUCUUCAUCAAAGGGCUUUUGUAUGAGACGGAGUCUGGCAGCUGGACUUUGAUUACACUAACGUUCAUACAAAUACCAGCAUGAUGUACUUACUUUGUUAGUGGGACCAGUAAAUAGGUCACAGAAAGAAGCAGUAGUCAGCUAGUAGUCAGCUUCAUCAGUACUGGAAACAAUUAGUCAGGACACAACGACUAUUUAAAGUCACUCAAGUUCAGGCUUAGGAUGUAAAUGUAUACAACAAUGUACACUUUUUAACCAAAUACCAUGGAGCUGCAGACACAAGUUUGAAAGAGAAUUAUAAUGCUAAACUGACAAUGAGAUGAUGAGCAAUGAUAGAUGCUGUCUCUUGACUGAAAGUAGUCAGGACUGUAGCCAACAGUAGAAAAUGGAGCUUCGUUUUUCCCGCAGACUUCCUGUCUCACCAGGACCAAUAAAAGUGACCUGUUUGCAUUUGAUUCUUUAAAUAUCCAAUGAGUUUGCAACUGACUAAGAAACAAAUUGAAAUGAAUAUGGAGUGUGUUAUAGCAGACUGCAGAAACAAAACAUUUCACACUGAGAGAGAAAUUUGACUGUAAAGAAAGCAGGAUGAGAUUUUUCAUUUCAAAAUGUAACAACACAGAUAGAGGAUCAGCAAAGAGAUCAAAUGUACCAUGAUUGGGAUGCCAUAAGUGAACAACACUUUAAAGUUUCUCGCAGAAGCUUCAGUAAACUAAAGAGGAAGAGUCUCAGAAAUUGUAGUUAAGGUUUGUGGACGUUCAACCUUUAGUUAUAUUUUAUUAUUAGAUUCAGCAGAAUUCUUGCAUCUAUCAUAUUGGUGCCUUUCAUACUCCAUGUACGUCAUUACUCUGAUUCAGUUCCGCUGGACACAACCAUCUGUGUGAUGUCAAAACAUAAGCUACACACAGCAAAAUUUGUACAUAUAUUUCUGUUGGUGUCUGUGGUGUCUGUAGCUGUCUGGAGGAGGGAAUAUAUUUCAUAUAGGCAGACUGAGCACGGUGGAUUUGGAGGAGGAGAUGACAUCAGAGGAGGUAAAGUUUGAGCCUAAACAAAAGUCACCAAUUCUCUCUGUCUGUCGUUUCUUUCGAUCAUCACUCCAUACAGAUCUUUAUUUUAGACUUUUAAUAAGUGUCUGUUCAUUCAGAAUCAAAUAAAACUCCAUCUUUCUACAACUUAAUCAAGGAGAAGGGACGAGAAAAAGCUUUAGAUUACAUUUUAGCACUAAGCAACAUGUAGCGGGCAUUUACAGCGGUGUAUACUCAUGGCAAGAUGGGUGGGAUGGCACUUGAGAAAUCUUUAGUAUUCAGACAUCACUUGACAUUACACAAUCUCAAUCGAAAAAAAAAAGGAUGUCAGAUACAGUAGAGAGCUGCUGAUUGCCCAUUUGGCACAGAGACAGCCGAGUCAUGCAGUGUGCAUAAAAGGCACAUGUUUGGAAAUCCUCUGCUGGCCUCCUCUGUGUGACAUUGCAAAUAAUGAAUGGAUGAUGUGCUCAGCCUUGACUGCUCAGCCAUUUAGUGUUUGCAACUAAAAACUGAUGUAAUUCAAUGGACACUGAUGGGGGAGAAAAAUAGCUUAUAACGACAGAUUCUUCAUAGCAUUUAUAUACAUUUCUUUUUAUACAUUUCUGUACAGAAAUGUACAGAAAUCUGAGUAGGUUUUAUAGGGUAGAGUGUACACUCUGCUUAAGCAGAAUCUUUUACUCACAACUCUUCCCACAAACAGCAGGGCUUGAUCCCAGAGAAAUGGGGAAGUCAAAGAUUGAUUCAGGGUGAAACUUAUGCACCACCAGGUUUUUCUAAAAACAGCUGCUUGGGCAUGCACAAGCUAAUUCUGGGUCAUGUAGUUAUUUUUAAAAUCAGAAGUCAGAAGGAAAUGAAUAUACUGUCUACCGUGACAAGAAACAUUUGUUUUGAAGGAAAACAUUUACAUCCUUUUUUAACUGUACAGCAGGUAUGGAGACAGACUCAAAAUCAUUGAUUGAGACUGAAAUUUAUGUAUUUCUAAAUGAAGUUUAAUCACAUAGAUUUGUAAAGCUUUCAGCACAGUGAUAGGAACAUCAAACAAGCAAACAAAAAGUCCCAUAAAUGCCACAAUAAACAUAAAUAAUUUAUGUAAAGUCAGGGCUUUAGAUGCAGCUUAAAACCAAAACAGGGAAGAAACCUUUGCCUUGUGUCAGUUAUAAAACCAUGAACAUGAACAUGAGGCCUCCUCCUCUGUGACAGAAACAACCUGAUCCAGUUUUAUCAUCACUGGCUGAUGCAAAUGUGAUGCUGUGCAUGUGAUUAGUGUGAUUGUUUAUGGCCUUAAACAUGUUUUAAUCAUGUUUUGGUCAGUAGGCUUUCACAUGUUAUCGCUUUCAUUGGCUUAUCUUGUGUGGCUGGCUCAGUUGUGUAGCAGAGGCUUUGUUGGAGCACUUUUGACUUGCAUGUAGCUGGCUUGUGUGCAUGUCAGAAUUUACUGUUCUGUACCAGUGUUUCCUUUAUGAAAAAUGCCAAGGAGAAUGUCCUAGCUGUGGUUAUUUUGCGCUUUACAUUCUGGAGGAAACACUGGUAUGUUUUUAGAGUCACUGCAUCUUCCAUCCUUCUAAACUGAUCUCUGAGAUGACUCAGAUGACUGAUCCAUCACUAACAAAAAAUCUCACCUGUCCAAUUUUUCCAGUUUUUCCUUCUAAAGGCAUUAAACUAUGUUAUAAACAUGUAGUGUGGAAUACUGUGAUCUCUGCUGAUUUAACUGGAAAAAAAUCCCACCUGAUUAGUUCCUCGCAUGAAUCAAAAGGUUAGAGGUCAUGUGGCUCAGUGCUGGUGUGGUGACCCCUGCUCUUUCUGCGAUUUUUUUUGCAGGACUCUCUGAGAGGGCGGCCAAAAGAGAUCCCUCAUAAUGAGAAGCUACUGUCACUAAAAUAUGAGGUAAAAAUGUACUACUCAAACAGAUUCCAGAUAUGCGUAUGAUGCAUGAGAAAAAGGAUUUCAUGUAGUAAUAUUUAGUUUGGUACUUUCUAAAUAAACAUAAAUAAUACAAAAAUAACACAAAGAUACAGACAAUUCAUUGUAGUUCAUUAAGACCAAACAGCAUUUCUUAGAAACAAACAAUGCAGUAAUCAGUUUUAAAACUUGCAACAUUUGAUAAAAUCAGCUUUGUGUUCUAUUUUUUUUUUGUGAAACUGUUGGCAUUGUUCCAAAAAGCUAUGCACAGUACACAAUGCAAACUCUGUUUUUUUUUUAGUAUGUGUCAACUACAAGGCAUUCACACAUACAGUAACUACACAGUAUGAUUGACAAAUUAUUUGGGUUAAGUGUCUCCUGUGUCUCUCCAGAGUCUGGACUAUGAUAACAUCGAGAACCAGCUUUUUCUAGAGGAGGAGAGGAGGAUGAGUCACAUGGUAUGAAGAUAAAGGAAUACCUGGACUAAUACUUAUUCCAGAUUGUAUGCUGUAUAUAGUAUUGAACCCCUUGUCUCUCCUGUAUCUCCUGUCUUCUUCUUUCUCUUUCGUGUUUUUAGGGUUUUCGUUGUCUAGAAAUUAGCCGCUGGGUUGUCUGUGGUCUGAUUGGCUUCCUCACUGGACUUAUUGCUUGUUUCAUAGACAUCGCAGUAGAGGAACUGGCAGGGUUCAAAUACCAAGUGGUCAAACAGAGUAUCCUUGGGUUUUGUGCUAAACACUAGCCAGCUUUGACAAAUGGCAGUGUUGUAGUGCUCAGUCCAGGUCUCUGUCUUGAGCCAGACCUAAGACAGAGAGGUGGACUCAGACCUAUUACUGAAAAAUUACUUUUUAUUUUUAUUUAAUUUAGUUAAUUUUUUUUCUCCAAGGCUCUGGUAUUUACUCAGUUCGAAGUGAGGACUGGCUCAUGUGUUCAUCUUCAUGCCUACUCAUAUGCCGUCUCCUUAUAUGCAUAGCUUUCAAAGAUUUUACAGCAAGUGCAAAACAGGAGUAGUGUAACAUGCUGGAUAUGUAAACAAAUCAAUGAGAAGUAGAUGUCUAUGAACUCCAACUUCAGAAGACAUCUGCCCAGGUUACAGAGAGAUGCUUAAGCUCCUGAACAAGCUACACUUAGCAAGCUGCUAACAAACUGUAACCAUCCAGGAUGUGAGGUCAGUUCUAAGUCUGAUCAUAGCGGGUGGGUUUGCAUUAGUUCAAUAUCUGCAGUGAUCACACUGCAGCAGAAUUAAUUUUUUGUAACGAAUGUAUCUUCCUACUUAGCAAGGCACAGUGUGCAUAUGCACAACACACAUCCCUGCAACUUCAUUGAAAUCUCCAGACAUGCCAACAGAAUCAGUCACAAUCUGAUGUCAAUGUAUAAAAUGUGUUUUCUGCACAUCCAAAAGGUCCUGCGCUGUUAGUCCAUGAUCAUACUAGGAUGCAAAUUCAAAGGAAACUUUGUGUCUGUAAUCAAUCUUUGGAAAUAUUAACUGUCAGACAUCAAUAAUUAAUUGAAAACUCUGCUGAAUUGAUCCAAAAACUACCACCUCCAAACAACCUUCCAGCCUUUUUUCAUAUUGUGCUUUUUUUUCUAUUCGAUGUAUUUAGUUUAAGCUUAUGUAGCAGUUUACAGGGUUAGAUCCUGAAGAAAAUGUGAACCUUUAACCCAACCUAAAACCUGCUUUGUCCAAUACGUGGUUAAAUAGUUCAGUUUGUCUUUUAAUAAUGUAGUUUGUGAAUUUUAUCAAAGAGGAUUCACCUUUUGAUCCAUAACUGUCAUACCUGUGGUGGUUGAUUUGUUAAUCUGUCUUUCAUUAAUGCUUGUGAAGUGCCACAGCAUAUUUCCUUGACCUCUGACCCCUCACAGACAUAGAGAACUUCACAGAAGUGGGUGGCCUCUCCAUCUCUCUCAUCCUCUGGGCCGUCCUCAACUCUGCCAUUGUGAUGAUUGGAUCUAUCAUUGUAGCAUUUUUUGAGGUAAGACCAAAGGAGGAAAACGUGACUGUUUGGUUUAAAUGUUAACCUCUAGAAACAAAACUCAUAUCCCUAUUUUAGUUCUCUUCCUCUCUUUCUCCCUCAAGCUUGAGUUAAGUUUCACACAAGCUUCCCACUCAGUUUGAACUGCAGGUCAUUGAAAUACAAAUGGAAGUGAGAACUUACUGGGUCCCUCCAAAAUGGUGAAACAUCAAACAUUUGCAGAGUUGAAAACGAAAGAUUGGAUGAUUUCUUGUAACUAGAUUGUUGUAUUGAGUCUGAGUCAGACAGUCUGCUUUGUCAGCUCUCCACACCACAUCAUGUCACAGAUGUUUAUGUGAGUGAUCAUGACACCGGUUUUGUCGUGUCCUCACAUACUUGUCCUGUUGCAACUAUCGCCAUAGGUCUUUAUAUGUUAUAACUCUCUUUUCUCGCCCACUUCUUUCAGCCUAUAGCAGCAGGAAGUGGUAUUCCUCAGAUUAAAUGUUACCUAAAUGGGGUCAAGGUUCCUCGGGUCGUUCGGCUUAAGGUAAAACACAUGCACUCCCACUAGCACACUACUCAGUACUUCUUUUGAGCACCAAUAUCUGUUACAUGUCCUGUCUGUCUUCCCCAGACACUGGUGGUGAAAGUGUUCGGGGUUAUCUGCUCAGUGGUUGGUGGUCUUGCAGUUGGAAAGGUAAGCAUUUGAUGCUGAUUCAGAAGCAGGAACUAGAGAUGUGGUUCUUCUGGAAUUCUGGGCUUUAAACUUUCCAGAGGUGUCUGACAUGAACUGUGAUACCUGUGAAACAACACAUUUCAAAACAAGGAGGUAACAGUUUAUUGAGCGAAAAGGGAGACUCUGAGUACAGCCUUUAAUGUGGGAUCGUCAUUUUCAUCUGAUGUUUGGUAGAAACUUCACUUGUGGUUUUUAAAUUUGGUUUUCCAUUUUAGAUGUUUAAUCUUACUGGUGGUGCAGUGCAACAAUUUGAUAAACUGGGUGGUUUGUGACAGAUAUAAAUCACAUGCUGAAUUAUAUUUACAGUCUGUCUUUAAAAGAAACUAAUGCUUGUGGCUCUUCGGUUUACUCAUCAAUUUAAUAUGAAUACUUUCUCACCUUUCUUUUGACUUUUUUCAUCUAGGUCCAUAGGUUCUGCUCUACGUAAAGUUGUAAACUUCCAAAUAAAAGCAUCAUUUGGCAAUGCAAGAAAUUAAGCAACCUAAAGACAAGAGAAUAAAUAUCAAUAUAAAAGCAUGACAAAAAAAUCAUUGAAUGAGGCAUCGUCCUCUCUAAAGAAGUUUGGGUCAAAGGGCUGAUGACAAAUCAUAGAUUAGAAUAUUAUUGGAAAUAGUUGAUGGCAUGUAAGGUCACUGUGUUUAUUACGUUUAUGAAGUAAUGUGUUGCUCCAUCUUUGUUUUGCCUUUCCUCAGUUUGACAGAUUGUGUUUUUUCUUUUCAAAUUCUAUAAAAAUACCGGGUUCAUAUUACUGUGAUUUUUUAUGGUCACGAUAAUUUUGAGGUGAUAAUCUGGUUAAGUGAAGAUUUGAAUCUGUGGGAUAACAAAUGUAUUUCAGGUUGUUACCUGCUUGUGAGUGAUUAUGUUCAGCAUCAUUAUGUCUUAGAUCUGAAGCUGAGUGGUGUCCAGACUUGGUGGCAGUGGGUUUAUAUUUUGCAAAUGAGGAUGUACCACCAGCAUUCCCCUUAAUGCUAUUUUAGCAUACGGGUCAUUCCAUGUCAAUUCAACCAAGAAUUGCCACUCACGUCACAGAUUUUGAUGAAAUUUGGUGGAGUGAUUGGCCUUCAGGAGAGACUGUCAGAGCUCAAAUAUUUUUGUUCAAAACCAUCUAAUUAGUGAGAUAGGGGCUAAUGAAUUUUUGGCUAACUAGCGUUACAAAAGUGUUCAUAUCUCUGGAAGUAUGGCACCUAGAGAGCUGAUUCAAGCGUCAUUUUAAAGCUCUCUUCAAGUUCUAUCUUUUUGUUCAUAACAGUUUUUCCCAAAUUAGACCAGAAAAAAAAAAGACCAAAAACUUAAAUUGGAAAUAGCAAAAAACGCGCGUCCUUCAAUUUUCUUCAUAUUCACACUUAAGAAAGACUUUCAUGUCCACUAGCAUCCCUGCAAGUUUCAGGAUGGGCAUUCCAUAACUUUUUGAGUAAUCAGUCAAAAUGCGUGGUACGUUAGGUGGAAAAUCGCCAUAUUUAGCACAUUAUACAGUCCUGACCUCAUCUGGAAUCAGCCCAGCUUGCCUGCUUGUGUAAAAUAUUACUUCUUCAUAGUGCAAAAUGCUUUUUUUGAGUUUUUUCAUUUGUAUGUUAUCCCAUAUUUAUAUGAAAAAUGGCUAGAAUAGCUUAUUUUUGCUCAGUUUUCCAUCACAUUUCAUUUCUAUUUGCACCUAUAUCCAGAAUACGAAUGAUCUUAGCUUCAUGGGAGAAUCAUUUGGGCAUACCUGCAUGUCCUGGAUCCUAGGGUUGACAAAUAACUUCUGCCUAUGCACCCUGCACACUUUUGAAGUACUUUUGUUAAUAAUUUUAUUAAAAUAAUUUCUCUUGAGUAUGGUAUCAUCCAAUACUUGCUCGCGGGAAUCCAGAUUUUAUUAUUCACUCUUGGUCAAUUUCCUUGAUACAGUAAUAUGGUAGCUUAAGUGCCAGCUCAUUCUUAGCUUACCCGAUUUGCCUCUGCUCCAAAGUGCAUCAAGAAAUUGAGACUCAGGGCAACAGAGCACCAUUAUUCACUACUCAAGAGAAAUUAUUUUACAGUCCUUACAUGGCUCCUUUGCUCUCCUCUUGACCAACUUGUUCUAGUAUAUUUUGGAAUGGUUGCUAAUUACUGUAGCUCUCCUGAUAUGCUCUUUCUCAAAUAUUUGCAUGUACUGAAAGCCAGAAGACCUAGACGACUGGGGAACCAUCGUUCCUUACACUGACGCUAUCAAACUCUUUGAAGUUCAUACACUCUUUCCUAUUUGGAGACAAACUAACAAUAUCGAAAAGCUGCACAAAGCUUGAUCACCAUGCCAAGUACUUUUGAGGUAUAAAGGAAACGUUGAAAGGGCUCAGGAUGAAUAGCCUGGAAUACUUCACAGAGAAACCCGCAACAAAAUUUCAGGGUGCAUAGGUAGAAGUUAUUUGUCAACCCUAGGAUCCAGGACAUGCAGGUAUGCCCAAAUGAUUCUCCCAUGAAGCUAAGAUCAUUCAUAUUCUGGAUAUAGGUGCAAAUAGAAAUGAAAUGCGAUGGAAAACUGAGCAUAAAUAAGCUAUUCUAGCCAUUUUUCAUAUAAAUAUGGGAUAACAUACAAAUGAAAAAACUCAAAAAAGCAUUUUGAACUAAACAAACAAAAAGAUAGAACUUGAAGAGAGCUUUAAAAUGACACCUGAAUCAGCUCUCUAGGUGCCAUACUUCCAGAGAUAUGAACACUUUUGUAAUGCAUGUCAUGCUAGUUAGCCAAAAAUUCAUUAGCCCCUAUCUCACUAAUUAGAUGGCUUUGAACAAAAAUAUUUGAGCUCUCACAGUUUCUCCUGAAGGCCAAUCACUCCACCAAAUUUCAUCAAAAUCUGUGACGUGAGUGGCGAUUCUUGGUUGAAUUGACAUGGAAUGACCCAUAUGUCCAUUUUUACCCAUAUAAGAUUGCCAUCCACCAUCAGUUAGCUAGUGGACCAUCCUUCUCAGCACUUAUACACUUCUCACAAGGUGUCUCCACACUUGCACUUGGAAUAAUAAAGGCAAAGGAAAAGCAUCACAAAUCACAGAUUUAUAAGGUGUAUCCUUCCACAGCUGAACAUAAACAGAGUUUCUUAAACCCUCAAAAUAAUGGUCAGUCAGUGAUGUUGAGUAUAACACCCUGCACCUUACUGUACUGUCCUAAGCUGUAACCGACAGUAUCGUACUGCAUCAGCUCAUAUUACAUCCUAUCACAUUGUAUUGUGUAUUAUACUGUAUUGUGUCAUACUGUAUUGCAUUGUAUCAUGAUUUGGGCAGUUUAUGAUUCAUGAUCAUAAUAAUGGUUGCAUUAAAAGGUGUAUUGAUGGAGUUGAAAAAAUACAUUUCCAGAACCCCAUGUCACAUCUGCUCUCCCUUUUACCCACAAUCCCUUUAGGAAGGUCCCAUGAUCCACUCUGGUGCUGUGGUUGCUGCAGGAGUGUCUCAGGGAAGGAGCACCUCUUUAAAGAGAGACUUUAAGGUCAGUGUGUGAGCUGAGGUCAUGCCUUGUGUGUAUGUGUCUGUUUUUUAGGUUAAUAUUAUGUAUUCAUCUAUUCUCUGUGUUUGUGUCAGUCAGUUACCAACAUACCACCUUCACUUAGUUUUUGCUGCUUAUGCUUUAAAUGUUUAGGUUGAUUUUUUUCUUCAUACAAAGCAGCUCUUGAUAAGGCCUUAAAUGUUGUAUUCAGUGUGGUAUUUAGAGCUGUGACAACUGUGUGUGUGUGUGUGUGUGUGUGUGUGUGUGUGUGUGUGUGUGUGUGUGUGUGUGUGUGUGUGUGUGUUUGUAGAUCUUUGAAUACUUCCGGAGAGACACAGAAAAACGUGACUUUGUGUCUGCUGGAGCUGCUGCUGGAGUUUCAGCUGCUUUUGGAGCACCAGUUGGUAAAAAAGCACGGCACAGUAUUAUCCUAAUCUUUGUUACUAAUCUAUGUGUAGGCAGUUCAACCACUUGUGAGCAACACUGCUUUGUUAUGGCUGCACACCCAAACUGGAGACAAAGACAAACUGUGCGGAAACUCCCUGUGAAGCGCUUGUUAAAAUGCCCAUGGUGCUUGUUAUUAUAAAAGUGGUGUACUGUCACCUUGCUUGGCAGUAUCACUGUGAUAAUUGAUGAAGCAGAUUGAGGGCUGUGUGAACACAGCAGCUAAGCUUCAUGUUUACAGUCAGAGUUUUUGAAGAGAAUGAAGUCUGAUGAUUUGACAACCUCAGAUAUAAUCUAUACUUGUUGUAAGCAGUAAUCCUAGUUUAGUGAACACACAGAAGCUGUUCAGGACUUGAUUACGUUAUUUUAUUAGAAGCUUUGAUGCCACUUAAGCUUUUGACAGCUAAAAGUACUGAAACAAUAUUCCUACCAUUUAUAUGUAUUUUUAGGCCAAAUAAACUUUAGUAAAUUUUCAUUAUGCUCUAAUACAAAAGGAUGUAUUUAAUUAAAUAGUAUCAGGAUAUUAAAUGGCUGGAAAAGUCACAUUUUAAGACUCUGACCUCUUUUAACUUGGUUUCGAUUAAAGCCUUUUAUUUGCUGCUAUUUUCAUUAAUAUAGCCUGAAACCAUUAAUUACAAUGUGCCUUUGACCCUUGAUUUAGAUGAAGAAAAUGACAACAUUAAGAAUGAUUUGGGGGAAAAUCUAAAUACUUUAGCUGAAGCUUCCUUUUUCUUUUUAUCCUUGUAAAAGUUAUUUCUCAGAUAUGCCAAAAUUAAAUAAAGUGAUUUGAAUGCUGUAAGUAAAGACCAAAAUUGGAGAUUACUUGAGCAAAAAACCUUGAGUAAAUACUCAAAGUUUUUUUAAACCUUUUCCUAACACAGAAUAUAAAUAAAUGCAUGAAAUUUUGGCCCUGCCGGGUCAAAGGUCAACUUUAUAGGAAGUUCUUGGUCACUAGAGGUAGUGGUUAGUUCUCUUGAAUGAAGUCUCAAGUCUGUUGUGGUUCUUUUUAUUGACCAAAAGGCUUUUAGUUGGGGCACUAAGACACAUUUUACUUCAAGUCAUGCUACAAAUGUCCCCUUUGGUAUGCCUUAGGGUCAUAGAAAACAUUUUAUCCAAAGAGACAAGUUAGAUCACCCUUCAAUUUUUUUUUAUCGCCAUUUUAAAAAUGGCCGCCGACAAUAAACCGCCAAUACACCAGACCCCGUAUCUUUGCUUCUGUUAGAGCUAUAAUCAUAAUAUUGGUGUCAAAGUGCACAUUUUUGGGGUCUAGGAAUUCAAUUAAAUAGGUUUCAAUGUAAAAAACCCAAUGCAUCAUUAAUUACCAUGACAACGGGGGGUAAAAUAUGCACAUUUCAUGAAAAAAUGUACGUUUUGACAGGGUAACUUACCCCCCCACCCCUCCCCCUAAACUGAGAUUUACUGUUCCUUUGGCAUGGAAGUACCUUAGGGCCAUAGGAAACAUUUUAUCCAAAGAGACAAGUUAGAUCACCCUUCAAUUUUUUUCAAUAGCCAUUUUAAAAAUGGCCGCCGACAAUACACCACUAUUACACCAGACCCCAUAUUUUCGCUUCUGUGAGAGCUAUAAUAUUAAUAUUAGUGUCAAAGUGUACAUUUCUGGGGUCAAGAAAUCCAUAUGAAAAGGUCUCCAGACUAAAAAAUAUAUAGUCUUCUCAUUACCCUCACAAUGGGGGUAAAAUAUGCACAUUUAAUGAACAAAAUAAGUGUCAAAAAGGUGACUUUAAAAAUGCCCCCCUAAAAAAGAAAAAGAAAAAAGAAAAGAAUAAUGGUACAGCCUCUUAUGUACUCUAUUGGCUCUAUUUUCGUGCCUCGCCGGUGAGGCGACGAAGGGUGGCGGACCCCGCGCAGUUUUAUUUUCGUCUAGCGGAGCCCGGCAUACAGCCAGUUUGGUAUUUUUGUGGACUGAGGCGCAUGGAGGCGAGCCGAGAUCCGCCAAGCUGGGCGUGGUGGCGUGGCAGGGGAAGGUGUCGACAGAAUCAGCGGGCGCAGUGACAUUUUCGUGCUCGCCACCGGCGUGUAAAAUGCGCUGAAAGCUCGCCGAUUCAAAACUGGUCAGCUUUCAGCGCAGGCGGAUCGCAGCUGGUCUAGUAGUAUUUUGGUAGACCGGCGGCAUAUCGGCAUACGUCACUGAUGCCUCACCAGCAGGUUUCCACAGUGUCAGGCACAUUUCAGUGCAAUAAAUAAUCAUCAACAACUAUUAAUCUGAGUCAGCACAUACAUUUAGAUCUAUAUCGAUAUAUUCUGAUCUAUAUCUGAUCUGAUGAGCGCGUUUGGCGUAAUUCGUCUCCCUCCUUUUCUUUCUUCCUCGUAUUUUUCACGCAGCUGCAGCUGCUGAACAGAUGAUUUGUUUCAGUGAUCAGAUGAGUUGUUUACUCUAAGCCUACAUACGAAUAUUAUAAUAUUCAGUUUUGUGAGUCAAAUUUAUUUUAUAUGCCAACAUCUAUGAAAGGAAGAGCCUGGCCACGGAGCGCGAUGCGUCAUUUACGCACAGAUGGUUCCGAUUUUAAUGCCAUUUUUGGAGUUUAUGUUGUGAUCUGUGCGCUCAACCCACCUUUGUCACGUGAGGUUUGAAUAUAUGCAACUUUAUGUGAGUGUCUAUUUGUGGAAAGGGUGUUUGUCUUACCAGUGGGUCCAACAUUACACACACCAAAUCCAUCUGUGCUCAUAUGAGAGAGUGUGGAGGAUGCCCAAUGCAGCGCUUACAGUGACACUUGUUGAGGAGCUGCCUUCUGUCGCCAUCGUGUGGCAUUGUUGUCUUCAGACAGCUCUUGAUCUCUUUGACUACUUCCCGAAAAUAGUAAUACGCCUCGCCAGUGGCGGAUUUAAAGGCAAGGAGAGGAGCUUAUGUGAUUGGUGAAAACUGGUCUCGGCUGUGUUAAAUCCACUCCAUGCCCUUUCUCCUCCCUCACUACGAUUUACGCCGCUGGGAGGAGCUGAGUUAGGGAGGGGGGAUACUUAUGCCGGGCUGCACCACUCACCAAAAUACCAAAAUGUGCUUGGGAACGCCUUGUCGGCGCGGCGGACCUGACUUACGACGCGCCUGCGGCACGUCUCCGGCGAGGCACGAAAAUAGAGCCCUAUGUGUCUCUGUCUGACUGCAUUUGUAUCUGUCUGUAUGAUUGCUGAGUGUUACACCUCUCGUAGCCAGUUGCUGCCACAAAACAUGAAUUCUAUACCAGGGUCUGUGACAGCUGGAUGAAAUCAGAGGUGACAGAAAAUCUGAGACACUUUGAGGUUCAGUUUGAGGUUUGUAUUACUUUCCUAUUUAAUACAGAAGAUUACCGAACACUUUACACCCGGCUUUUUUCAAAGCUGGGUAAUGUAGUCUUUGGAAAGACUGAUGCCAAUCGAUUCAGUAGCUUCUCCCCUUUCAAAUGACUACAGACAUGGUUGACUUGUCUUUUUGGAUAAAAUGUUUCCUAUGGUCCUAAGAUACUUCCAUACCAAGGAAAAAGUAAAUUGGGGGGGUAAAUUACCCUGUCAAAACUUGCAUUUUUUCAUGAAAUUAGCAUAUUUUACCUCCCACUGUCAUGGUAAUUAAUGAAGCAUUGGGUUUUUUACAUUGAAACCUAUUUAAUUGAAUUCCUAGACCCCAAAAAUGUGCACUUUGACACCAAUAUUAUGAUUAUAGCUCCAACAGAAGAAAAGAUAUGGGGUCUGGUGUAUUAGCGGUUUAUUGUCGGCGGCCAUUUUUAAAAUGGCUAUAAAAUAAAUGAAGGGUGAUCUAACUUGUCUCUUUGGAUAAAAUGUUUCCUAUGGCCCUAAGGUACUUCCAUGCCAAAGGAACAGUAAAUCUCAGUUUAGGGGGAGGGGUGGGGGGGUAAGUUACCCUGUCAAAACUUACAUUUGUUCAUGAAAUUUGCAUAUUUUACCCCCCGUUGUCAUGGUAAUUAAUGAUGCAUUGGGUUUUUUACAUUGAAACUUAUUUACUUGAAUUCCUAGACCCCAAAAAUGUGCACUUUGACACCAAUAUUAUGAUUAUAGCUCUAACAGAAGCAAAGAUACGGGGUCUGGUGUAUUGGCGGUUUAUUGUCGGCGGCCAUUUUUAAAAUGGCUAUUAAAAAAAAUUGAAGGGUGAUCUAACUUGUCUCUUUGGAUAAAAUGUUUCCUAUGACCCCUAAGGUACUUCCAUACCAAAGGGAACAUUUGUAGCAUGACUUGAAGUUUACAGCUUAUUUUUUGGGCUUAGGGACUCCACUAUUUGCCAGGUUGUUUUAUAAGUGCAAUCCAAAUUAAAUAAACAGGUAAAUGAAUAAAAAACUCCUCCAAGUCAUCUUUCAUAUCAUAUUCUUGCUAACCUGAUAUCUGAGGAGUGGCUGGAAAAGAUAUCUGUGGCACAGAUGCUUGUUUGGACACAAGCAUGAACUGAUCUGAUAAGAUUAUGUCACCACUGAUUCAUCAUGAUAACCAAAUCCUGUACAUCCAGGAUCUCAGCCUUGCCUGUAUCCAUAUUUAAGGAUGUAUUCUUGAAUAUGACUGGUCGGUGAAGAUAGUUAUUCUGUGGUGUUAAGAAAAGCUCCUAAAAGCAUGUCUCAUUCUUCCAUGGCUAAAUCUGAGAUCAACUCAGAAAAUGUUACAGGACUUAAAAGCCAACCUGACAUCAGCCCUUCAAACAGUGUUGCCAACCAAGCGACUUUGUCGCUUGAUUUAGUGACUUUUCGGACCCCCCUAGCGACUUAUUUAAAAAAAAAAAAAAAAAAUCGACAAAUCUAGCGACUUUAUCUGGAGUUUAGAGACUCUAACAUGAAAGCAGAUAUCGAUGUUACUGUUCUCAACGGGUAGCCGGUGUGCAUCAAAAACACAGAUACAUACAGACACCCCGCAAUGCAUUUGACUGAGACAUUAUGCAGAUUAGGCGAUGGCGUCAUCUAGCGACUUUUAUGACAGCCACUAGCAACUUUCCUUACUGAGGAUUUGAUAACACUGCCUUCACACAAAACUCUGCUAUUGGUUGUUGACUAAGGUUUUCUUUUGGAUGUCUUUGGUUGACAGGUGGUGUUUUGUUCUCUCUGGAGGAAGGAGCAUCUUUCUGGAACCAGAUGCUAACGUGGAGGAUUGUAAGUCACCUAUAAUAGACUUAUCAUUCAGCAUCUUUGAGUGCUUAUAUCCCCAACACUUAGAUAUGAUAGAGAAUGUAGGAGCAGAUUUGAUGGGAGAGGGUAGGAAAUAAUGUCUGUUUCUGUCUCCUGUUUCUGUCUCCUAUGCAGUUCUUUGCCUCCAUGAUCUCCACCUUCACCCUGAACUUCUUCCUCAGUAUUUACCACAACAACCCAGGAGACCUUUCCAACCCUGGUCUCAUCAACUUUGGACGCUUUGAGACUGACGUAUGAAACUUAUUUAUACUCACAAUAUUCUCUUAAACAAAGGCUGAUUGUCAAAUGAAAGACCUUAAACAUCAAUAGUGGUGUCACAAACAAGAUAUAUUAAUAACUCUAUAUUUUUGUUGUAUUGUGAUUAUAUUGUGUUUUUGUAGUAAAGAUACUAUGAUGCCACUUUUUGUCUUUCCAGAGUGUUGCCUACAACCUUUAUGAGAUUCCCCUGUUUAUCGCCAUGGGAGCUAUAGGUGAAAUAAUUUGAUAAUACCACAGUUAUAUCUGAUGACGUCAUGUGACUCAGCUACAAUCUAUAUCCAUAGUCCUUGGAUAGCGUAUUUUUUGCAUUAGUAUUGGUGUAUUUGUUGCUCUGGUUGUAAACAUUGUUUUGUAAACAAGGAUACAUCUCUGCAGGUGGAUUACUAGGAGCUCUGUUCAACGUCCUCAACUACUGGCUAACCAUCUUCAGGAUCAGGUAAGAUUCAGAAUUGGAUCAUGUGCUAUUGAACUCAAAGCAAGGCGGAACCAUGUUGGGGGACUUCUUUAAAAUCGAAUCAGGUGACGAGUGUGCAGUGUGCCAAGAAAAACAACACAAGACUGUAUAAGGGCUUGGCUAUUGUGUGUGAAAGACAGGGUGUGGUGCAGGCUGAGGAUAUUUUCACAUGAGCUGUUAAAACAGUGUCUCAGAAUGUCAGCAUGUUGUGAUUACUGUCAUUAAAUAGAGAGAAUCAGGUAUGACCAUGAGGAGACUUCUGCUAAUAUACCUGUUGUUCCUGCUUCCUUGUCUGGAAGUGUUUUAUUGUUAAUACUAUUUCUAAAAGUUGUGUUCAGAUCAUUCAAGCUGGGGACAGCCUCUGUUGGGCCAGCAUAACAAGUUAUGCACUCAUCGAACUUGGUGUGUACUUUUGAGCACAUUUGUGUCCUGGGCUAGAGGUUAACAGGUACUUCUCCUGUAAAAUGAAUUUAGGGCAUGCACAUCAACUGUCAGUCAAGGUGGCUCUGUGCAGUCAAAUCUGCAGGUGGAGCUCAGGCUAAAAACAAACCUGUUAAAUGUCCUGAAUCCUCUUUUCACUUGGCAGCUCAUUUCCCAGUAUUCUUUUUGAUAUAGGAAAACAAAGAAACAAACUGGUUUUUAAAUUAAAUUUUUGGUCUCCAUUGGGAAACGGCUCUACUUUACGACAACUCCAUUUCAUCUGGUCUUCAAACAGCCCAACUAGAACAGUGUGGUGGUAAAAACAUUCAACAGAGGGCUUUUACACCGUGUUUGUUGAACUCUUGUCAUCAAAGUAAAUGUAGCAACAUCUGGACUCUUUGCUCAUGUCCUUUGUGUCCAAAAACACAACUUUGUUAUCUGAAAGUCUGUAGUUGGAUCACCUUUAAUAACAAUGGAUUGACUUCACAUCACACUUACAAAGACUUUACCUAGAGGCAUAAACAACCAUGUUGGCAUGCAUGCCAGCAUAGUUUGCAGACAAAGCGUUUCCUCAUUGUUUGGAAAGUCCACACAGAGACAACAAACCACCAUUUGGAAAGUAUCUGGUUGAUCAGAGUCUUAAUGCAGUUCACCACCAGUUGUUUUGUUUUAUUAAUUUUUUUUUUUUUGUGUGUGCGUGCAUGCGUGUGUGCGUGCAUGCCACAGGUAUGUCCACCGUCCCUGUUUGCAAGUGAUGGAGGCCAUGUUGGUUGCUGCAGUGACAGCUGCAGUUUCAUUCACCAUGAUCUACUUCUCCAAUGACUGUCAGCCUCUGGGACCAGAGCACACAGAGGAGUACCCACUGCAGGUAUACGCUAUUCACACACACACACACACACACACACACACACACACACACACACACACACACACACACACACACACACACAUCUGACAUUUUCUAGUCCAAAUAGUAAAUUCAACAAAUACCAACUGGCAGAGUCCUGCAUCGUUGCACUUACAUGUAGACAUUUUGCACUGCAUGGUGUUUGCAAAAGGGACAGUCAUUUGAAGACUCAGAACAUGCCUCUCUGGAAGUGAAUGCUCACAUUGUUUUUAAGUGUUUUUUAUAUUCAUGCUCACCAGAGGUUGAAUCCAGCAGACUUUAGUGAUUUAGCAUUUUCCUCAGAGCACCACCAUGAAGCCAUUACAAACAGACGUUCUUUGUCCCCUGAGGAUGAAGUCUUCAAAUAGAUGAUCUCUGACCUCCAACUCUUUCACCACCAGCAUUUUAUGGAAAAGAUGCCAGCCGCAGCCAAAUUUAGUGAACUUUUCAGCUCCCAAAAUAUUUUCUUAUAAAUAUUUAAUUAAUAUAUUGAAAUGACAACACUUUAGUUCUCAUUAAUAAAAUCCCAUGUUGUUCGAACUUGUUCCAUUCUUUCUUUCUUUAUUAUUAAAAACUAAUAUACCAGUGCUCUGAGCACAGUUCUGCUCCCCCCAUCAUCCUCAGACAGAGGAUAAUGGCACAGAAGUUCUUAAAUCAAUAACUCAAUAAACUGCAGCAAACUUCUUCCCUUAAUUUCAUGUAAAUAAAUACACAAAGGUCAGUAGGUUAAGGUGCAAUCUCCUUGAAAACACAUGGUUCGAGUCUAAAUAUUUGGUGCUCUUGUCUCCACCUGUACCUGGCUCCUCUCUGUUAUCGGUGGAGCUUCUCCAUUUGUUUAUGGAGUGUUGCAGUACCACCAAUUGUGUUAUAGUGAAAGCAUGGCAGGGGAAGUGUUAAUGUUUUAUUAGAACUGUCUUUUCAAACAAAGUCUCGACCGGACUCUUUUUGUCACUCUUUUCAUUGUCUGUGUCUCUUUCUAUGUCCUGCAGUUGUUCUGUGCGGAUGGAGAAUAUAACUCCAUGGCCACAGCCUUCUUUAACACUCCUGAGAGAAGUGUUCGAAGUCUCUUCCACAACCAGCCAGGUAAAGCCUGCCACACAGCUUUAGUACAGUAGGAGCCAUUUUCUCCUUUGUUUAGCCUAUGGCCCUGGAAACUUUGUUCUGAUACUCUGACAAAUUCCUCUCUUUCACAAAGGAACCUACAAUCCUUUGACCCUGGGUUUGUUUACUCUGACUUAUUUCUUCCUGGCAUGCUGGACGUAUGGCCUGGCGGUGUCUGCUGGAGUCUUCAUUCCCUCUCUUCUGAUCGGAGCAGCCUGGGGACGACUGUGUGGGAUCUUGCUGGCCUCAAUCACCUCCACUGGCUCGGCAAGUUCUUGUGUGUUUUUAUGCUCUAAGCAAAAUGAUGGUUGAAAGAAAGUAUGCCUCUCCAUUCCCACGAGUUCUUAUAAGUUGUCAUGAGUUCCCACCUAAAGCAGGGCAUGGUAUGGUGGACUUUGGGACUAUUACUGAUUUUUUUUUUUUUUAAAAAAGCUUCUUUUUUUGAUGUUUUCUGUUGUGAAAAAAAUCUGCUGAUUACCCUAAGAUCCAGAGGACUUAACUGACUUCUCUAAAUGAACCAGAUUUUUAUUUAUGAUGUUAAGAUACAGACAUACCUGACAUUAAGUGAUUGUCACACACCCACUGUGAAUACUUGUCAUCAGUUCUCAACAUUGCUGAAUCUGAAAUUUAUCUCUUAUUACCUUGUCUUGAAAUAAAUAGGAUUUAGAAGAGAAUAAAGUGUAACUUAUAACAUAUAAGGGUUGCCAAAAUGUCUUCAAGGUUUCUUCAAUCUCAAUACUCGAUAAUAAAGUUUAGGAAAAUAAAAUGUGAUAGCUGAUUUGUCUUUGACUCAGCAAAUAUUCAUGUUACUAUGACUUCCCUUUGUGUGUGUUUGUGUGUUAUUAGAUCUGGGCUGACCCUGGUAAAUAUGCUCUGAUUGGAGCAGCGGCUCAGUUGGGUGAGUAUAUUUAUCCUUUGUGUGUGCUGAGAGCUGAACAAGAAAUAAAACAGGAGAUAUAGUGUUAUCCUGAGCACUAUGCACUGUGACACUUACCCUGGCUAUAAAUAAGAGUCUUGCCUCUUUUGUUUAUAAUAAUAAUAAUAAUAAUAAUAAUAGUAAUAAUGCAUCAUUUUCAUAUAGCGCUUUAUCAGAUACCCUCAAAGCACUUUACAUUAGAUACAUCAUUCAUUCAGUCACACAGUCAAACCUUAGUGGUGGUAAAUACCUUAGUAGUUAAAGCUGCCCUGGGGCAGACAGACAGAAACCUGGCUUCCAGUUUUUAAUUCAUGAUAGGUAUGUAUUUUGUCAAAUACCUUGUAAGUGUAACACCAGUAAUAAUUUCCAGCUCUUCACAGGUGGCAUUGUGAGGAUGACUCUCAGUUUGACCGUCAUCAUGGUGGAGGCAACAGGAAACGUCACAUAUGGUCUUCCCAUCAUGCUUGUCCUUAUGACUGCCAAGAUAGUGGGAGACUACUUUGUAGAGGUAAGAGAAACAGAUAGUCAACCAAAUAAAAAGACCCACUGGAAUAACACUAAAUAGAAAUUAUCACUAACAUGCAUAGAUGUGAUCACCUGUCCCCCUCAACCAACAUAUAUUACUGAUCACAUUGAUCAUAGUGCAAUAAAUGUAUCAUUAUCCAUGCUUCACUUUAUUUAUAUAUAUAUAUGUAUAUGUAUGUAUAUACUGUAUAUAUGUAUAUGUAUAUAUAUAUAUAUAUGUAUAUGUAUAUAUAUGUAUGUAUAUAGAUAUGUAUGUAUAUAGAUAUGUAUAUAGAUGUAUGUAUAUAUGUAUGUAUAUACAUAUAUAUAUAUAUAUAACUGGAAGGUUGGCGGUUCGUUUCCCCCUAUCCCAAGUCUGUCCGUUGUGUCCUUGGGCAAGACACUUAACCCACCUUGCUCCCAGUGUGUGUCCUCCACUGGUGUAUGAUUGUGAGUGUUGUGUGGUGGUGGUCGGAGAGGCCGUAGGCGCAAAAUGUCAGCCACGUUUCCGUCAGUCUGCCCCAGGGCAGCUGUGACUACUAAGGUAGUUUACCACCACCAAAGUGUGACUGUGUGAGCGAAUGAAUGAUGUAUCCAAUGUAAAGCGCUUUGAGGGUCUCUGAUAAAUCGCUAUAUGAAAUCUGAUGCAUUAUUAUUGCUAUUAUUAUGUGGCCACUCAGCGUAAAGGCCAUGGAGACCUUGGCGUCCCAGGCAAAAAGAAAAAAUGAUCAAUUGGACUUGGUAUUGGAUCUCUUGGAAUUGCAUGUAUUAUUCUCCAGUCUGGCAGGGCAUACAUUGAUCUAAAGUGCAGGAGGUAAAGUCUUUAUUUUUUUUAUUCUGUUUUUUUUUUUCUUUAAAUUAUUAUUGUUCAUAUGGCCUUAUACAAACAGUUUUGAACACCUCUCUCUGACUCAUCUAACUCAUUUAGCUUCUGUGAAAGUAAACUUUGUUUCUAAAUAAAACAUGGCCAGCACAAGAUGCAUGUGGUGUGUGUGUGUGUGUGUGUGUGUGUGUGUGAGAGAGAGACUUGGAGUGUUUUUGGCGCCUCCUGCAGAUCACUGAAACACAAUGGGUGGACAGAGCUCAAUAUAUUGUUGGGUUGUACAGUGUACCGGAACGUAUUUCCUCCGCACCCUUCUCACCUUUUCAACCGCUGUAUAUAUUAUAUACACUCACCGGCCACUUUAUUAGGUACACCAUGCUAGUAACGGGUUGGACCCCCUUUUGCCUUCAGAACUGCCUCAAUUCUUCGUGGCAUAGAUUCAACAAGGUGCUGGAAGCAUUCCUCAGAGAGCUUGGUCCAUAUUGACAUGAUGGCAUCACACAGUUGCCGCAGAUUUGUCGGCUGCACAUCCAUGAUGCGAAUCUCCCGUUCCACCACAUCCCAAAGAUGCUCUAUUGGAUUGAGAUCUGGUGACUGUGGAGGCCAUUUGAGUACAGUGAACUCAUUGUCAUGUUCAAGAAACCAGUCUGAGAUGAUUCCAGCUUUAUGACAUGGCGCAUUAUCCUGCUGAAAGUAGCCAUCAGAAGUUGGGUACAUUGUGGUCAUAAAGGGAUGGACAUGGUCAGCAACAAUACUCAGGUAGGCUGUGGCGUUGCAACGAUGCUCAAUUGGUACCAAGGGGCCCAAAGAGUGCCAAGAAAAUAUUCCCCACACCAUGACACCACCACCACCAGCCUGAACGGUUGAUACAAGGCAGGAUGGAUCCAUGCUUUCAUGUUGUUGACGCCAAAUUCUGACCCUACCAUCCGAAUGUCGCAGCAGAAAUCGAGACUCAUCAGACCAGGCAACGUUUUUCCAAUCUUCUAUUGUCCAAUUUCGAUGAGCUUGUGCAAAUUGUAGCCUCAGUUUCCUGUUCUUAGCUGAAAGGAGUGGCACCCGGUGUGGUCUUCUGCUGCUGUAGCCCAUCUGCCUCAAAGUUCGACGUACUGUGCGUUCAGAGAUGCUCUUCUGCCUACCUUGGUUGUAACGGGUGGUUAUUUGAGUCACUGUUGCCUUUCUAUCAGCUCGAACCAGUCUGGCCAUUCUCCUCUGACCUCUGGCAUCAACAAGGCAUUUCCGCCCACAGAACUGCCGCUCACUGGAUAUUUUUUCUUUUUCGAACCAUUCUCUGUAAACCCUAGCGAUGGUUGUGCGUGAAAAUCCCAGUAGAUCAGCAGUUUCUGAAAUACUCAGACCAGCCCUUCUGGCACCAACAACCAUGCCACGUUCAAAGUCACUCAAAUCACCUUUCUUCCCCAUACUGAUGCUCGGUUUGAACUGCAGGAGAUUGUCUUGACCAUGUCUACAUGCCUAAAUGCACUAAGUUGCCGCCAUGUGAUUGGCUGAUUAGAAAUUAAGUGUUAACGAGCAGUUGGACAGGUGUACCUAAUAAAGUGGGCGGUGAGUGUAUAUAUGUGUAUAUAUAUAUAUAUAUAUAUGUAUGUAAAUAUAUGUGUAUAUAUAUAUAUGUAUAUAUACACACACACACAUAUAUAUAUAUAUAUAUGCUCAUUUUUGGGCUUAGCAUCUUGUUACAUUAUCAACCAGUUAUCACAUUUCGGGUUUUGUUUCAUUUUUUUAUUACAGUUCGGGUCAUUGUUACAAAUUGGGCUCUAACAGGGCAUCAAUCACAGCUGCAGUCCCCAUUACACUAAGCUAGUUAGCUUUCAGUUGUGAUCAUUUGAUACUUUCUGGAAUCUUCUGUAAAGUUUGAAUGGACAGCUGUUUAAAAAUUUCAACUUUGAACCCUCUGAUACGCUAUUGUCAAGAACCAAAAGUGAAAUAAAGUGCUGCUGUCACCUUGCUAUGUUCUAGUAUGGAAAUCAGUCAAUACUAAGCAUGUCAAACACAUGGGGCUCUAUUUUCGUGCCUCGCCGGAGACGUGCCGCAGGCGCGUCGUAAGUCAGGUCCGCCGCGCCGACAAGGCGUUCCCAAGCACAAUUUGGUAUUUUGGUGAGCGGUGCAGCCCGGCGUAAGUAUCCCGCCUCCCUAACUCAGCUCCUCCCAGCGGCGUAAGUCGUGGCGAGGGAGGAGAGAGGGCGGGGAGUGGGUUUAACACAGCCGAGACCUGUUUUCACCAAUCACAUCAGCUCCUCUCCUUGCCUUUAAAUCCGCCACCGGCGAGGCGUAUUACAAUUUUCAUGAAGUAGUCAAGGAGAUCAAGAGAUGUCUGAAGACAGUUAUGCCACAAGAUGGCGACAAAGGGCAGCUCCUCAACAAGUGUCACUGUAAGCGCUGCAUUGGGCGUCCUCCACACUCUCUCAUAUGAGUACAGAUGGAUUUGGUGUGUGUAAGUUUGGACCCACUGGUAAGACAAACACCCUUUUCCACAAAUAAAGACACUCACAUAAAGUUGCUCAUAUUCAAACCUCAUGUGACAAAGGUGGGUUGAGCGCACAGAUCACAACAUAAACUCCAAAAAUGGCAUUAAAAUCGGAACCAUCUGUGCGUAAAUGACGCAUUGCGCUCCGUGGCGGGGCUCUUUCUUUCAUAGAUGUUGGCAUAUAAAAUAAAUUUGACUCACAAAACUGAAUAUCAUAAUAUCCGUAUGUCGGCUUAAAGUAGAUAACGCAUCUGGGCACUGAAACAAAUCAUCUGUUCAGCUGCUGCAGGACAGAGAGAGGACACGGAGACGUGUCCAGGUCGAGCUGCGCGAGAAAUAAGGGGAAGAGGAAGAAAGAAAAGGAGGGAGACGAAUUACAUAUCUAGUUAACUUCAUCAUGUGUGUCUAUUUACUGGAUAUUUAAUUCAAUUUAAUGCGGUUUCAGCUGUGUUGAUUCGGUCAGGUCGUGUGUCCAAACGCGUGCCAUAGCUAUACAGAUCUUAAUGUAUGUGCUGACUCAGAUUAAUAGUUGUUGAUGAUUAUUUAUUGCACUAAAAUGUGCCUGACACUGUGGAAACCUGCCGGUGAGGCAUCGGUGACGUAUGCCGAUACGCCGCCGGUCUACCAAAAUACUACUAGACCAGCUGCGAUCCGCCUGCGCUGAAAGCUGACCAGGUUUGAAUCGGCGAGCUUUCAGCGCACUUUACACGCCGGUGGCGAGCACGAAAAUGUCACUGCGCCCGCUGAUUCUGUCGACACCUCCCCCUGCCACGCCACCACGCCCAGCUUGGUGGAUCUCGGCUCGCCUCCGUGCGCCUCAGUCCACGAAAAUACCAAACUGGCCGUACGUCGGGCUCCGCCAGACGAAAAUACAACUGCGCGGGGCUCGCUGCCCUCCGUCGCCUCAUGGGCCUAAACGAAAAUAGAGCCCAUGGUGACCAAAUGUGGAGUGUUGAUGGUGCCAGUUUGGUUGUCUUGGGCAUAGUUGUAUUCAGAUAUACUGUAAGACACAACUGUAUACGUUGCAUUGUAUUGUAAAGUUAUCUGUGAGACACAAGCCUUCUGUGUUUGAUGUGUCUCUUUCCUUCAGGGUCUGUACGACAUCCACAUCAAGCUGCAGAGUGUCCCCUUCCUGCACUGGGAGGCUCCUGCCACCUCACAUUGGUUGACUGCAAGGUAACAUGGAUUCUGUUUGUAUUUCAUGUUCAAAACAUUGAAGGACAUGACUGAGCUGUAUUUCUUAUUAACUGUCAAACAUAAGUUCUGACUGAGUUCUGCUGAUAAUUACAGCAUUCAGAUAUUCAAAUUUUACCUGAGCUUGGAGUUUUUGAACUUGAAGUUUUUCUCACACUUUUUUCUCCUGUCUGCUCGUCCAGAGAGGUGAUGAGUUCUCCAGUCACAUGUCUGAACAGGAUAGAGAAGGUUGGAGCCAUUGUUGACAUCCUCAGUAACACAUCCACCAAUCACAAUGGCUUCCCAGUCGUUGUGGAGGUUACUCUAGGUGAUGAGGUAAUGUAUUCUGGCUUUGUUUCAUAUUUUUUCCUUAUAAAUCCUUCUUAGACAUUUUUUUCAUUUGCCUUGAAGUUUUGGGGCCUUUUUUUAUUUCCAAGUACUUCAGGCUUUUGAACCUUUAAUUUUUGAUCGGACAAUCGCAGAAAGACAGGAGAAGUGGGAGGCGAUAAGACAACACAUCAUACCAGAACUUUUCCCAAUAGCUUCUGUGCGUUGGGCACCUGCUCCACCAUCUGGGCUGUUUUGUUGCCUCUAAGUUGACAUUCUCCAAAAAAUUCAGUUAAACUUGAGGGAAAAAUUCAAUGAAGUUCUAAAAAUAGUAGCUACUACUACAGCAAAAUGUACAUCCAGGGCAUCUUGUGGUCGCAAACCUGGUGAUACUGUAGUGUUAAGGGAUAGAUACGACGGUAAGGUUGAGCUGCAAGGCGAAACCAUUGUUGUUUCAUUAAUUAAAGCAUUGACUGGUCUCCCUUGUACAGGCACCAAAGCUCUGCGGCCUCAUCCUCCGCUCACAGCUCAUCGUACUCCUCAAGCACAAGGUAACAUCAGCAACAGACAAACCAUAAUAAUUAAAAUGCUUUAAAUGCAUUCCAUCAUUAUUUCCCCCACUCUAUCUUGAAAGGUAUUUGUGGAGUUGGCCAGAACCCGACUGACUCAGAGGAAGCUCCAGCUGAAGGACUUUAGAGAUGCUUAUCCCCGCUUCCCCCCGAUCCAGAGCAUCCAUGUUUCCCAGGAUGAGAGGGAGUGUAUGAUGGACCUCACAGAGUUCAUGAAUGCAACACCUUACACUGUGCCACAGGUAAAACACACAUGCAGAUGUGCUGCAUCAGGGAUUUACAACAGUUUGAAGGAUGUUGCAUGGCUUAUCUUAUAAUGUGAAUAAGGUGCCCCAGUCUGUAUGAGUUAAACUGAAUCUGAUAAAAGUCGAUGCCUUUAAGGUUUCUCUGACAGCUUUAGUUUUAGCUGUUUCUGACUCUUAUUUGCUUCUUUAUCUCAUUUAAAAAGUGGGGAUGUCAAUACAGCUAGUUGCUUUCAUAAAUUGAUAAUAUAUAUAUUUUUUAAGUUGUUUACUCAGAUUACUCAGGCUUUAUUACAACCCCUGACCACCUACAACCAUCCGAAGCAUCUGUAAAGGCAUGAUGGGAGCAGCUGACAAGCCAAUACUCAGCAUUGAACUCAUGUUGUUUAACCUGCCUGUGCUUUAACACCAUCUGUGUUGUCUCUGCAUCCUCACUGUACCUGUCUUAAAACAUGCAGCACAGAGACACACACAUGCUGUGCUCUUCCACUGUUAAAGCUUGGAUUUAAAUCGGAUCAUUUUGAUAUGCUUUGUUAUAAGCAAUAAGCAUCUACAGGCAGCUCACCUGAAGAGAAUAGUGAAUCCCAAGAGGGGGAGAAUUUAAUUUUGAGACUGUAUUUUGACAUCCUGCUGAUAUGAAAGUUACCAAGGCAGACACAUAGAGGGAAAGAACAAACAGUAAGAAGAAGGUGAGCAAUGCAGCAGUGGUGUGUCUGCGUGCAUGCGUACGUGUGUGUGAAGAUGUAAAGCUCCAAUAGGGUUGCUAAAAUACUACAAAACAAGGACUUUGAAGUAGCAAUACAUUAUAAAGAGGCUUUUCUUCUCAGGAAACAUCUCUGCCACGUGUGUUCAAGCUGUUCAGAGCUCUGGGACUCAGACACCUGGUGGUGGUAGAUGAUUCAAACAGGGUAAGAGUGUGUGUGUGUCUGUGUUUGUGUAACCCAUGUGUAGUCCUAAUUAUUUUAGCUAAUGUUCUGCUAGUCAAUCUCCUUUUCAACAGUUUGUUGUCAGUUUCAGUUUGUUUUUACUUUAUUUUUCAUCUUGGUUUGGAUGUUGAUUUUAAUUGUUUUUAUUUUAUUUUUUUUAUUAUUAUUUUUUUUUAUUUGAACAAAAAUAACAUAACAUGACAUAAACCACCAAUAGACAGAACAGUAAUAAUCACAAAAACAAACAAACGAAGCUAAUUAAAAACAAUUAACACAAGCACACACCAAAAACAUCAUUACAACAUAAAACAUACAGUGCAUCAGCAAAUUCAAUAAAUAAUAAUAUAAUAAAGGGUAGGAGGAAAUAAAAUUAAAAAAACAUCAAACAGUGCACUAAGUUUUGCUUUCCAUUUUUUUUAAGUUAAAUGCCAGCCUUCCACUUCAAUAAAUGCUUCCCACCUUUCCAAAUACUGUCCAACAUCCCCUUUCAUAUUAGCAGUAUACCCCUCCAAAAUAAAGUGACGUUUAAUAAACAUCUUAAAUUGCUUGAUAUUCAAAGAAUUUGCACUGUCAGCUUCAAAAAUAAAUCUCUUUCCCAACAAAAUAAUUAAAUUAAUAAUAUAACUGCUUGUUUCUGUAACAUCUCCAAGCAUAACAGAAAAGAAGUCACAUGUAAAACACAUCUUCAUAGCAAUACACAUUCUUUGAACCUCCCUCCAAAAAGUAGAGACAACAUGACAAUACCAAAACAGAUGUACUGUUGAUUCAGAUUCCAUUGAACAAAAACGACACUCAUCUGUCUCAAUAAUACCCCAAAUUUUAAGCAUUUUUCUAGUAGACAAAAAAUUAUAAAUGAUUUUUAACUGAAAGGAUCUUAAAAAUGUGUCUACAGUUGUUUUGAACAAUAGCUUGAAUACAUGUUGCCAUGGGAUAGGAAAAUCAAAAAUAUCCUCCCAUUUUUUAUAGGUAUUAUAAGGUGUUAGCAUUAGUGAUCUAGAGGUUAAGUGGAAUUUAUACAUAUUUCCAUUUAUUUUAUUUCCUUUUAACCAUCUUACAUUUCUUAUAGAAGGCUGACAAACAAAUAACUUUGACGUCCCACUAUCAAUCUUUUGUUUCCAAUCUCUUUCUAUGGCAGAAAUCAACUGAUUAUAUGAAUGAUGGGAACAAAUCAUAUCAUACAUUUCAAUAAAUUGGCUAUACUUCAUCAGUUUCCCAUCUUCAUCAACAAUAUCAUUUAUAAACAAUACACCAUGAUCAAAGACAUUUUUCCAGAAAAUUGGUUUCCCUUCAAUUAAGAUAUUUGAAUUAAACCAUAUUAUUUGCUGUAAAAUUUCAUCACGGUUUUCUGGAGGAUGAAACUGAAAACUCAGCCAGCAUUGAAUUGCUUCCUUUAAAAAGGUGGAAACAUUUCCAAUCGUCUUAUUCACACAAUCUAUAUGAUUUGGCUGAAUCUGUAGGAAAGGAUAUAAUCUUUUUUGGAACAGUAAAUGGGUGUUCUCCAGUAUCUUACAUGAAAACCAGUCUUCAUUCAAGAAUAAUUUCUGAACUAAGGAGGAUUUAAGGGAAAAACAGAGAGACUCUAAAUUCAGUAAUUUUAACCCACCCUGUUCAUAAUUGUUGUAGAAGACUCCUCUUUUGAUCCUCUCUGGUUUAUUAUUCCAGAGGAACUUAAAGAUCUUUUGCUCAUAACCCUUAAAGAAGGAUUGUGAUGGGAUUGGGAGGGACAUAAAAAGAUAAAUAAAUUGUGAUCCAACCAAGACAUUAACUAGGGUGAUUUUACCAAAAAGUGUUAAUGUUUUCCCCUUCCAUGGUUGUAAAAUCUUAUCUAUCUUUGUCAGCCUAUUAUUAUAGUUCAGCAUACUCAGGUCUUCUAAAUUUUCUGGAAUCACAAUACCCAAAACAUUUUUUGUUCUUUUAUUAUCAUGUGAUUGACGUAAACUGAGCGCUUCAGAAAUCGGCCCUUUAAAUGACACUUGGACGGUCAGCAAAUCCUCCUGGCUCCUUCGCUGACGAGAACCAAUCAUAGGCCAAACUGCGUUCCAUUAUUCCAAUCAUGCGCACAUUCUUCACGUGCACUUGGAGUGCUUGGAGAGCCUGUGGUAGCAUUGCAAAGCUGCGAGAACGAGAAGCAGGACUUAUCCACGUCGGUGUUGUGCCGUAGAAUGCACCCCUGACGUAGAAAGCCCCCCUGACGGGAGCGCGGUUGAAAGUACACAACAAGGCGAAAUAAUCCAAGUUUUGAUCCAUCUAAAAUAGCGAAAGCGGGCGUCUCGGGUUUACUGCUCUGCAGGGCUCUCAAGUCUCACGCAUUCAGCGUGUGACACACGCAUUCCCACCCGUUCACACGCCACACAUUGUAUUUCUCACGCAUAUGAACAUGGUGAUGUCCACAAAGUUGCACUUCUGUAACAAUGUAACAGGUGGAAAUCAACUGAGUUCCUCCGAGAGUUCAGAAGCUGCGUGCCACGCGCAAGCCAAUCAAAUAAAGUAUAUCUACUGAACAGCCAAUCAAAAAGCAGCAUUGCUGUAACCGGGUAGAUUUUGAUAUCUUGCGGUUUGACUACAGAAGAAGACAGACACUCGCCGAAAUAGAGCAGGUUUUUAUAAAGACGAGAAAGACCUGAUGAUUACAGUAAGUCGGUAACCUACACAUGCAGAGACCUCAACACCUCAUGGCAGAUAAACUCAUAUGAUAAACUAAAGCCCUAUGCUAUUGCUAUUAACAGCUGUAUUGAUGAAUUUAGCCUCUUUGGAGCCAUUUCCAGCCAUUUUCCCCUCCACAAAAGCAGCAUUUCUUAUAUAUUCUUUUUAAAGUUCUGACAGUGUAACACUCAUGUACCAAAGGAUUAAGUAUCUCCAUGUUUGUGAAAACUAUACUAAAGUACAAUUCAUCUAAAUGCUCCUAUUAAUGACUUUAUUCUCCUAAAUAAUAACUUUUUGGUCUAAGAUUUAAAAACGUUUUUUGUCUUAAUGUGGCCCUCAUACUCCGUUGUAUUUAAGAGUUUAUUAUACUAUUAUACUAAUAAUUAUCUUCAAUCACUCUUCACCCCCCCCCCCCCCGCUUCUCACCUUUUCAACCCCUGACCCAUUUUCAUGCCUGAAUCUUACAAUUAGUGUCAUUAUAUAAUACUCUAACCCAGUUUAUUAAGGAGUUUCCAAAAUUAAAAAAAUCUAAGCUUUUAAAAAUAAAUUCUAAACUGACCUUAUCAAAGGCUUUUUCCAAGUCAGCAAUAAAAAUUAACCCAGCUUUGUUAUUCAGCUCAUAAUUUUCAUUAAUCUCCAGCAGCUGUCUGAUAUUAUUACUAAUAUUACGACCCUGUAAAAAUCCUGAUUGGUCUUGAUGAAUAAUACUUGUUAACACUUUUUUCAAUCUCUGAGCUAUACAUUUUGCAAGUAUCUUAGCAUCAUAACCUUGGAGAGUUAUUGGUCUCCAAUUCUUGAGAUUCACAGGGUCCUUAUAUUGGCCACUUGGUUCUUGCUUGAGUAACAAAGAAAUAAGCCCUUCUUUCUGAGAAUCAGGUAAAUAUCCAUCGCCAUAAGAAAAAUUAAAACAGGAGAGCAGUGGUCCUUUAACCAAGUCAAAAAAUUUCUGAUAAACCUCAAUUGGUAUUCCAUCCAUACCAGGUGUUUUCCCUGGUGAAAAUGACAUUACUGCCAAAAGAAGUUCCUCCUCAGUAAUCAGACCCUCACAUGAUUGUUUCUGCAUAUUGCUUAAUUUUCUUUCAUACAUUUGUGGGAAAAAGUUUGGGGAGCUAAGUGGAGGUGACGACUGGAAUGAAAAUAUCUUAGUAAAGUAGUUUUCUAAUUCAUUUAAUAUCUCUGUCUGUGUACAUACUUCAUCCCCAUUGUUCAUAAUUAAUUUGGAAAUAUUUUUUUUUGAGUAAUUCCUAUGCUGAAGGCUCAAAAAGAGUUUUGAACAUUUUUCCCCUUUCUCCAUCCAUUCUGCUCUUUUAUAAUAGUAACUUCUUGACAGGCGAUUUUCUAUUAAAUCAUAUAAUUCAUCCUGUUUAUUUUUCAAGUCAUUUAACUGAUCUCUAGGUGCAUCAGCCACCUUAUCAAUACUUUGAGUCAACUGCUCUACUUCUGUUUUUAAAGUUUGUUCUUUCAUUUUAAUUUGAUUUUUUUUCCAAGAAGAAUAAGCAAUUGCAUGUCCUCUAAAACUCCAUUUGAAUGCUUCCCAAACUGAUGUAGGUUUUGCUGUACCAAUGUUAUGUGCAAAAAAGUCAUUUAUGAAUAUCUUAGUUUUACAGACAAAAUCCUCAUCCUCGAGAAGACUUUGAUUAAAUUUCCAAUAUCCUGGUCCACAUAUGUUUCCCAGUAUUGAAAAAUUUAAUCCAAUAGAAUUAUGGUCAGAUCGUAGUUUAUCCUCUAUUGACACACUAGUUACUUUUGAUACAAGAGAAAAGGAUAUUAAAAAGAAAUCAAUUCUACUCGCCUGAUUUUGCCUUCUCCAAGUAUAUCUAAUCGAAUUUGGAUUUUUUUAUUUUAAUUGUUAAUAGUGUUCUGUUAUUAUUGUUUUAUAUGUUCUGUAAAGUGUCCUUGAGUGACAUGAAAGGCGCUACAAAUAAAAUGUAUUAUUAUUAUUAUUUUGUCAAGUUCUUUUCCCAAAUUAGAGUUUGUUUUUUAUUUGCUUUAGUGUCCGUCUUGGUGUCUAUGUCAUAUGAGAUACCAGUCAGGUGCACACCAAGAACAGAAGACAGACCAUAGCUAAUGUGGGUUGAUGUAUUUUGUUCCACCAUCAUUUUGUUCCUUUUUUUGUGAUCCUGCACAGGUGGUUGGACUCGUGACCAGGAAAGACUUGGCGAGAUAUCACCUGGGCAAACAUGGUCUGGAGGAGCUACAGCUGGCCCAGACAUAG